GAGCGUUUAAUAUUUUCGUGGCGAAAUACAAAUUUUUAAUUUAUUAAUAUAUUUCUUAAAAUGUGAUAAUGAUCAUAUGUUUCAAAUAAUAAAUUUUCAAAUACUUCUUAAAGUUUAAAUUAUAAGUGAAAUUUUAAAAUACAAUCUCUAAUUCAUUUCUAUCUCCGUUAGUAACAUUGGCCUUCGUAAAUUCGACUAUUAAUUACCGUUCAUGUGACGUUCUAAAUUAAUUUUUAUCAUAAUCCGUUAGAACAAGGACAAUAAUGCCAAAAGUACGGACAUUUUGUUUAGCUGUCCUUGCAUUUGUGACAACCUGGGUCGUGACUGCAGGUGAUGUUCCAGUACAACCUCCCACACAAUCACCCACACAGCAUGCAGCGGUCAAAGGCAGUUUCUGGCAAGGUUUCCUCGCCUCUUUAUCAGUCGUCAUCGUCUCGGAGCUCGGCGACAAAACCUUCUUCAUAGCCGCCAUCAUGGCCAUGAAACACCCCAGGGUCAUCGUCUUCGCCGGCGCCAUCUCAGCGUUGGUGUUCAUGACAGUUCUCUCAGCAGCUUUCGGUUGGGUGGCCACUGUUAUACCAAGAGUAUACACGCACUACAUUAGCGCGGCUCUGUUUGCCAUCUUCGGCCUGAAGAUGUUGAGGGACGGGUGGAAAAUGGAUCCAAAUGAAGGACAGGAAGAACUGGAAGAAGUGCAGAGUGAACUUAAGAGGAGGGAAGAUCAGGAGGACAAAGAAGAGACGGUUGACAUGCUAGAGCAGGGACAGGCUGAAAACCGCAGAAAGAAACGUAACGCCAUAUUAAAGGUGCUGUUGCAAGCUGCUUCGCUGACGUUCCUCGCGGAAUGGGGCGACAGGUCGCAGCUAGCCACUGUUGUGCUGGCGACCAGGGAAGACGUGUUUGGUGUAGUGGUGGGAGGGUCCUUAGGCCACGCACUCUGCACGGGCUUGGCUGUGAUCGGAGGCAGAAUGGUCGCCCAGAAGAUAUCAGUGCGGACUGUGACGAUAAUCGGCGGUAUUGUGUUUCUGUUUUUCGCCGUGAGCGCUCUCAUAAUGGGCCCGGGUGAUUAAGGGCUAUUUUGGAACAAUAAUUGCUAGUUGUAAGUGAUAGUAUAAUAAAUGUGAUGUUAUAUGUAGAGUGAGUGUACAGCGUGUAGGAAAUUCAGCUUUAUAAGCAAUUAAUAUGUUCUUGAACUUAUUUUUUUUCAAUAAUGGUGCGAAUAGCCGAAAUGGCGUAAAUCGGAAUCAAGUUAGUAACUUAUGGCUACGCUUUUAAAACUGCCAGUCUCAUUCUGGUUUUGACUUGAUAAAUAAAUUUCCUCACAGACUUUGUUCUGUACAUAUAAUAAAUAAAAUACUGUAUUAUUUUAUGAAUUUGUCAAUAAUAUGUCAUAACAUCAAGAAUUAUUUCGUAAAGUAUGGUCCCUGUUGUUAUAAUGAAAUUGUUUCACAGCAGAACUGUCAAACCGUGCGUCAAUUAAUUCUCUCAUAGAAAAUAUGUCCAUACAAAACAAACAUUGAAAAUAAAAAUAAUUAUGUAUAUAAUAUCUCUCAAGAUUGCCUAAACUGCACUAAAGUAAUCCCCAUUACAAUCCGUUAAUUAGUUUAGGAGUUCACUGGAAACAAACAUCAGGACAUUGGAUUUAUAUAAUAUAUUCACAAUUUCACAUGGAACGCGUCAAAAAGAAAGAAAUAUAUAUUUUAAAUCAAGCCACGUCAAGCUCUAUGGUAUUAAUUACAAACUUUAAGCUAAAUGUUCAUUUAAGAAAUCAGGACGCUGCCGCUAGAUGGCGCUAUUCUAAACGUUUUUGUUUAUCUGGUUUCGUAGUCGAUGCUUCAGGUGUUUAAAAAAGUUGAAUAUACAUGAAUAGAGUGGUCAUUCUCGUUUCUUAAAUAUUAUGAUUAUGUUAUAAAAUAGGACAUUAACGAAUUUUGAUAGCAUUACAGACAAUACAAUUAGUAUCAAAUAUUACGUAAAUUGGUUUGGAUAUCAUCACAAUCUGAUUUUCGCAUUACAUUAUUAAAUUCGAUAUAAAUAGGCAAAAUAAAUGAUCCAAAAUAUUAAGUCGUUUAGGUAGGCGCUGCGGAACGCGAUCGCUGAACGCUGUGACGUCACUACCCUACACUCAUAGCGGAGUGCGAUAUUGAUAUCACGGGGAAAUGUAAUAUAUAUAUAUAUAUAUAUAUUACCGGCCAAACCCCGAUAUUAGGCCAAACCAAUUGAUGCAGUAGGCGAGAGGAUAAACCGGUACACACUAGUUUAAACUUGUUUCUCCUAUAGCCUACGGGCUAUAGGAGAACAAACCCGUUUAACUGAACUAGUUUGGCCGUUAACAUAUAUACGCCGAAAUAAUCAAUGAAACGAAAAUUGUUAUAAAAUCAUAACUUACAAUGCUAUUAAUACAAAUACUACUAAAUCUAUAAAGAUCGUUUCUAGUGAUAUUCUCCAUUACUCAGAUAUUUUUUAAGAGAUGGAACGAACAAAUGAGUUACACCUAAUGUAAAAGUGUCAUCUGCGCUUAACAAUGACAAGAUUUGUGAAGUAUUUUUUUUUGAACCCGAUAUAUCGAUCCAAUUGCAUGAAUCGCGGCCACGGCGGAACUGCGGAGGCUUCAAAUUAAUAAAAUACAUAUCGUGAGUACCCGUCAAUAAUUACUAUCUAUACGAAUUAUUUUCCGAAAAGCGUCCACCAUAAGUUGAUUAUGGGUUCUAAGGUGACUACAUAAUUGAAGUUUAUUACGAAUUAUGAUAACCUACAUGUAUAUUUUCGAUGAUUUUUUUGAGCAAGAAAUAAUUUUAUAAUAGAACAAUAUAAUUGUGGUAAACUCGAUUUUUAUUACUUUCAAUUUAAUGUGUAUUCACGAUCAUAUUACUACCGUUGUUUUUGGGUGAGAGCCGCAGUGGAGAGAGGCAAAAGCCCUUUAGGAUGCUGUUUUUUUUUAAGUUGAAAGGUUUUAAAUUAAGUGCCGGUUAUGCAUUUAACUUUUUAAUAUUGAAUGGUUGGACCGUAUGAACGUGUUAUUCGAAUUCUAAUUUGUAGAAAGUAAACACAGUCAAACGUCGAUAAAAAGGAGUAUUGCCGAUAUUGCUUGCUCGCUUGCACUUUCGUGUAGUAUGAGAUGAGGUCUCGCCUUUCAUAGCGACCAUAAAAUUUUAUUAUGUAUAGGAACUGGCGUUUCUUGAGUUUUUGAUCAAGGUAUUAAUCUGAAAGUUCCUUUGCCGAAAUUAGUAGUAGGUACUUCCUUUUCAAUUCAGUUCUUUAUGAAAUGCUAAAAAAAAUUGUAUAGAAUUUAAUGUUAUUGUUCAAAAUUAGAUUUAGUACUUAAUCAUUUAUGAAUGUCAGAAAGUACACCGAGAUUUGGAGAAGAUAUAACCUAUAGAUGCUAGAAACUUUGUAGUCUUUUAUUUUUGUAAAGAUACAGAAUACAAAAUUAUCAUUAUGUUAUGAAAGUAUUUAAUACACAUUUAAUUACUGUCUGUUAACAUUUAGUUUUGACUUGAGAUCGUAAUGAACAUAGGCUUCAUCGUACGUGUUCAACGUGUACGUAUUUUAUUCGGACCUCUAACAUGUGACCCAAAUUUGUUUUUUAAUAAUACAAUAGAGUUAAUUCAAACUAAAAGUCGUCUACUUAUUGAUAGAAAGGCUUUAAACAAUUUGUUAUUCACCUCGAGAUUUAAGAUGUUAAGUAGCAUUUGCCCAUAAUUUCACUAGCUACGGCGCCCUUUAGAGCGAAACACAAUAAUGCGCCGUUGUGGUACCCUUAUAAUCUAGCCGGCAUCCUGUGCAAAUGAGCCUCCCACUGGUGAGUCUCUCAGUCGUAUGUCAACUGUCACUUGUGAGUCUCUCAGUCGUCUGUCAACUGUCACUGGUGAGUCUCUCAGUCGUGUGUCAAAUGUCACUGGUGAGUCUCUCAGUAGUGUGUCAAAUGUCACUGGUGAGUCUCUCAGUCGUGUGCCAACUGUCACUGGUGAGUCUCUCAGUCGUGUGUCAACUGUCACUGUCCAAAUCAAACCUGAACUGAACAAUUUUUUUACAUUGCUGCUUAUUGAACAAGAAUAUUUUAAAGAAGUGGAGUAAAUGCGUCAAUGUAUAGAUAUAGAAGUUGAAGUUAUUACGGUGUCAUUUGUGGUAUAUUUCGGCUUUGUUUUUAAACGACGCGAUUUGUCUAUAUGAAUAGAAGUUAUAAGUUGCAUGGUCUGAAGGGGUAUUGUAGUAACAACACAACACAGUUAGUAACGACAUUUUAAAGAUCAUAAAUUAUUGACGUUAUCAUGAAUUGUAUCUUUUGUUGAUGAUGUGACAUUAAUUUUAUAACACAUUACUACAAUGCUUAAUUAUCUCUGAACCUCGUUUUAUCGUGAAGCCCAUUUAUGUUCCCCUUUCACUCCUUCGCGGUCGUCCUGUUGCGUCAGUACGGUUCGCAGAUUCAGCACCACUAGGUACAUGUCGUGUUUUUUACGUGCAAUCCCUGCUUUGUUUUUGAAGUUUUGAUUGUUACGUUUUGACUUUUGUUGUUGGCAGUUCUGUGUCGCUAUAAUAGUUCUACCAGAAAAUUGAAAUCUUUUUUUACUUAACCCAGAUUCUUUCAUUGAUUUUUCAUCUUUAUAAUAAUAAUAAUCAGCAUCACAUCACAACACCUUAUUAAUAAUAAUAUCCUAGUGAUGUUUGUUUUGCACACCGUAACAGUGACGGCAUCGACGUCAGGUCUAGAGAUAAUGGUGCGUACAGAUUGGUGAAGUUUAUCAUGCAAUGCGCUCGAAACGAACAUUUCACGCGCACCCUACGAGCAUUACAAGCCGUGCGCGGACCGAUUCGUGAUUUGUCGGUUUAUCGAACGAACAUAAAUGGCGCGUUCGUGGAUGAAUGGCUUCGUAGUGAAUGCGCGGUAUGAGCGUGCAAUGCGUCCACGCUUGCAGCGAACAUGGAAUGAAAGGGUUUCACCAGUCUGUACGCACCUUAAUGUAACCGGGUAGUAGACUUCCGAUGUGUGAGUAUUUAUUCGUUGGGUCAGUUAAUGACCGCAAAAUAUCUUAAGCAAUUCUAAAAGAUCUUUUUCAGACUGUUCGUCUUAACAAUAUUGUGAUAUAUUUGUGUGUAUAUGAUAUGCAUGUAUAUAAUGUAAUUAUCGUUGUAAGUACAAACGGAGACGAUAUCAAUCAUAAUGCCUCUGCCGAUUGUUGAAUUGUAUAAAGUAUUAUUUUUUAUGUAAAAUGAUUUAAUAAAAAAUAUUAUAGUU